CGCCUCCAUCUCAAGCCGUCGAUAGUGGCGUAGCCGGGUCUUGCUCGGGAGCCGCGUCAGCUGCUGCCGCGCCGGGUGGUGAACGGAAGCCGGUCAGUGAAGGGGAAAAGGGAGCCAUGGGGGAAGCGGCCCGCUAUUCCCUCUGUGCCUACUAGGAGUGGCACCGGCCCUCUCUGGUCUCGGCGCCGGAACCAUGGACAAAGCCGUCGGUGGCCAGAAUGUGAAACUGUCUGCUGAAGUAGAACCAUUCAUUCCUCAGAAGAAGGGUCUGGAUUCACAGAUGAUGCCUAUGGCGCUACCUACUGACAGUGGAGGUGUUAAUGGCAUGGAACCAGCUCCUAUUCCCAGCUACCUGAUUACUUGCUACCCAUUUGUUCAGGAAAACCAGCCCAAUAGGCAACUUCCACUGUAUAAUAAUGACAUCAGAUGGCAGCAGCCUAGCCCAAACUCUGCUGGACCAUACCUUGCUUAUCCCAUUAUCUCUGCCCAACCACCUGUUUCUGCUGAAUAUACAUAUUACCAAUUGAUGCCAGCACCAUGUGCUCAAGUCAUGGGUUUCUAUCAUCCGUUCCCAGCACCUUACUCUGCUCCCUUUCAGACAAGUGCCAUAAAUACAGUUGCAACAGAACGCACAGAUUGUCCAACCCAGCCAAAUCAAGUCUUUCCGUUAUGUAGCCAGCGGACUAGAAGCUCCAAUAGGGGACCAGUUGCGCAAAAACAGCAACCUCCACAGAUCCACAUAAAAAGCAAAAGACCCCCAGUGAAAAGUGUUGCUACUCAGAAAGAGACCAGUGCAUCAGGCCCUGAGAGCAGACCUAAAAUUGUACUGCUGGUGGAUGCUUGUCAACAAACAGAUUUUCCGUCAGAGAUAGCAAGCAAGUCACUGUCUGAGAGUGUGGGCACAAUGCACUGGAAACAAAAAAGCAGGCGGCGACGAACCUCCCACCCUGCAGAAUCCUCCAGUGAGCAAGGGGCUAGCGAAGCAGACAUUGAUAGUGACAGUGGUUAUUGCAGUCCUAAACACAGCAACCAGGCUGAAGGUGUUACUUCAAGGAGCGCAGAAUCUGCUGCAUCAAAUAUCAUGGAACCAUCAGUAAAUCCAGCUGGCAUCAGCUGGGCAAGUGUCAGUUCCCAAGCAACUCAGAAAAAGCCUUGGAUAGAGAGAACGCCAGCUUUUUCAAGAGGUGGAAGGCAACCUGAACAGUGUAGUAAUUCACAGCCUGCCUUUAGAUGUAGAGGACAUAGUACAUCUUCAGAGAGAAGACAGAACUUGCAGAAGAAACACGACAAGCCUGCAACCACAAGCCAGUCAAACAGAACAGAGCAGAGUCCUGAGCCCCUCUAUUUUGAGGAUGAAGAUGAAUUUCCAGAGUUAAAUAGUGAAAAUGGAAAUUCAAAAGGUGGCAGUAUGCAGCUGAAGCAUGCUCCCAAAGUGUUGGAUGGUUUACCUGAAAAUUCUCCAAUCAGUAUAGUGCAGACUCCAAUUCCAAUCACCACUUCUGUUCCCAAACGGGCAAAAAGCCAAAAGAAGAAAGCCCUGGCAGCAGCACUGGCCACAGCUCAAGAGUAUUCAGAAAUUAGCAUGGAGCAGAGGAAACUCCAGGAAGCUGUUUCAAAAGCAGCUGGGAAAAAGAGUAAAACCCCUGUGCAGUUAGACUUGGGGGAUAUGCUGGCAGCUCUUGAAAAACAGCAGCAAGCUAUGAAAGCUCGCCAGAUCACAAAUACAAGGCCCCUCUCCUAUACAGUUGGCAGUGCUGCACCUUUCCAUACCAAAGAACCUGCAAACCGAAAAUAUUUAACGAAAGGACAGCCAUCAGUGGGUUGCCUCAAUCCUUUGGAUUCCACUGCCCCCAAAGUAAAACGAGGAAAAGAAAGAGAACUCUCAAAACUGAAGCGUCCUACAGCACUUAAAAAGAUUAUCUUGAAAGAGAGAGAAGAAAAAAAAGGACGCUUAUCUGUGGAUCAUACUAUUCUGGGAGCUGAUGAAGAACAAGAGGUGGAGGAGGUGAAUCUGAAUCUGACUUCUCAUCCGUCAGAAGAACUGGCAUCUCAAGAAGAAACUGGCCUGAGUGUGCCAAGUGAUGCCUCACUCUCUCCAGCAAGCCAAAAUUCUCCCUACUGCAUGACUCCAGUAUCCCAAGGCUCACCUGCCAGUUCAGGGAUAGGUAGCCCAAUGGCAUCUUCAACUAUAACGAAAAUUCACAGCAAGAGAUUCCGAGAGUACUGUAAUCAAGUUCUAAGUAAAGAAAUAGAUGAGUGUGUGACUCUCCUGUUGCAAGAGCUUGUCAGCUUCCAAGAACGAAUUUACCAAAAGGACCCCAUGAGAGCAAAAGCAAAAAGGAGGCUUGUGAUGGGUCUGCGUGAGGUGACAAAACAUAUGAAGUUAAGCAAGAUCAAGUGUGUCAUAAUUUCUCCCAACUGUGAGAAAAUCCAAUCAAAAGGCGGACUGGAUGAAGCUCUGUACAACGUCAUAGCAAUGGCACGGGAACAAGAAAUCCCUUUUGUCUUUGCCCUGGGACGUAAAGCACUUGGCCGCUGUGUGAACAAGCUAGUUCCUGUUAGUGUAGUAGGAAUCUUCAAUUAUUCAGAGGCUGAGAAUCUCUUCAAUAAAUUGGUGUCACUAACUGAGGAGGCCAGAAAAGCAUACCGAGACAUGGUUGCAGCAAUGGAACAAGAGCAGGAAGAGGCUUUGAAGAACAUUAAGAAAGUGCCCCACCAUAUGGGACAUUCUCGGAAUCCUUCUGCAGCAAGUGCAAUUUCAUUUUGCAGUGUCAUUUCAGAACCCAUUUCAGAAGUAAAUGAAAAAGAGUAUGAAACAAAUUGGAGGAACAUGGUGGAAACAUCAGAUGGACUAGAAAUGUCUGAAAAUGAAAGAGAGGCCUCUUGUAAGGCUGCUGCUCCAGAAAAACCUGGCAACAGUAAGGCUUCUGCUGAUAAGCAGCUUCCUCUAGCCACUGUUGGGAUCGUCACAGUCACAACUCAUGGGAAAGCACUAGGUGGAAAAGAGGAAGCGAAGCCAGAUGACAAUCUGGAAUGGGCCUCGCAGCAAAGUACAGAUACAGGAUCUCUGGACGGCAGUUGCAGGGAUAUUUUGAACUCCUCCAUGACCAGUACAACCAGUACCCUUGUCCCAGGAAUGCUAGAAGAAGAGGAGGAGGACGAGGAGGAGGAGGACGAGGACUACACCCAUGAACCUAUAUCUGAAGAAGUUCAACUCAACAGCAGAAUUGAAUCUUGGGUCUCAGAGACUCAACGGACUAUGGAAACGCUUCAGCUUGGGAAGACCCUUAGUGGUGCAGAGGAUGAGAACGUUGAACAAAGUGAGGAGGAAGAACUUGAAACUCCUGAGCAGGUUGAUUUGGUCAUUGACAGUGAGGAAUGGACAAUUGAUAAGUAUGCAGGUAAAGCCCAGCAGAAGCCAUCCGUCUGCAGUUCCCUGGAUACAAAGCAUACAGACUCAAAUUAUAUACCAUAAACUCAAGCACAAACUCAGGAAACUUUAAUAUUUUAAAACUAUCUGUUGUAAGGAUUGCAGCCAUUGCUUUAUGUGCUUCAUCUCAGCAUUUUGCACUGUGUAACAUUUAAUAUGCAUAUUUAAUUCACAAAUAUUUUUGUAGCUGUCAUUACUUUUUCCAUUAAGAACUAGAGUGUAUGUGCAUGUGUGUAUAAUGAAUAUUUAUAUCUUUCCCAGAACCGAUUAUGUGUGUUGAAACUGUCAGUAAGCAUUUUUUGUACAAGAAAACUGUUUGCAAAUGACCAUUUUUAAGCAAAAUUAUUCUCAAACUAUAACUUUAAAAUUCUUACACUUUUUAGCCUGGCAAUAGUGACCAAUGUUUGCGUUGUCAUUAUAUUAUCUUGAAGAUAUUUGAUCACAUCUUAGUGUACCAGAAAUUGGGUCAGAAUGAAUUUUUUCAGGGGGCUUUUAAGAUACCUAAAACCUAAUUGGAAUCCUAGCUAAGAAAAGAGUUAGAAAGAUGCACGUCAGUCAGUAACUUAACGUGAACAUCUUCUUCUUACUGGCCUCUUAGGAUAUGUGUUUCACAGAUACACUUUACAGAUGUUGGCUGUAACCAUCUGAAGUGAUUUGGCAAGGCAUUUUGGGAAAGAGCAAAUUCCUUUUUGAUUCACUUCUUUAACAUUGUCACCAUGCCUGAAGGACUGCAGCAAGGGACCCAUUAAUCACAGUGACUUUUCAUUGUUUGAUUUUUUAAACUUUACUGUUUUGCAGUUCUUUGACUGUUUUGCAGUUUUCACAUCUCAGGAAUGCUAGUAUAAAUUUAUAAAUGCUAUCUAAAUGUAAGAACUCAAGUUUAAGAAUUGGAUAUUGAAAAUUCAGCAGAAUGUGAGUUUGCAUUGGGGCUUGGGUUUAUUGGGGGAAGGGAGGGGGACGUUGUGCAUUAGUAUGUGUUACUCUUGAUCACCUCUUUUCGUUUAUAGCUUGGGAUCAGUAAUAAAAAGUUGGUUCUUGUGAACUCUUUUGUAACAAUUUGCCCCAAGAGAGCAUAAUGUCAUAAUAGUAAAGAGGUAGAAGUGAUUUGGGCUGGGUGGGAAAUCUAUUGAUUUAGGGGACAAAGUCAGGCUUCUUUACUGUUAGGCAAAUCUUUUGUUUUUGAUGCUAAGUUCUGCAUGCGCUGCAUUUGAAUUUUCCAACUUUGUCCAUUGCAGAAGAUUAUGAACUAUACCUGGAAAAGCUGCAUGGAAAAUAAGAAAUCUUUGGUGGUGAAUGUAGAAGGGUUGUAAAUUCAUUGGUAGUGCGGACUUCUAUAAAGGAUUUCACAGUUAGGUUGUUCACUUAAUUAUUUAGGACCAAUAACUUCAGCAUCUUCAAAACUAGCUUUUUAUAUUUUACAGACAAAAAUCUGAUAGUGUCUUAGAAUCUCAUAUUGUCAUCAAGGAAUGUAACAGAAAAAGCCAGUUUGAGUAUUUGUGCACAUAGCUCUUUGAUAUAUGUGGCACAGUACAUGUUAAAUAGAAAAUUGAAAUUCUGAUAUGACAGGAUGCAAGUAGUCCUUUUUUUCAGGGUGUCCACAGAUUGACAUUUCUCCACCCCUCUAUAAGUGCUAGUAACACACAUUAAGUACCUUUUUUAAAAAAGUUUGUCUUUCUUCUGAACCUGCUUUGUCCCUUGGCAGUUUACAUAAAAUAAAGUAUAUAUGUACAUCCAGUUUUUCAGCUGUUGGUUUCAAAUUCAGUCAAUGAAUUCUUCCCAGUUUGCUACCAGAUGCAAAAUUUCCUGUCCAGAAAUUUCUUGUGCAAAAAUUGCAGCAGAUCAUCUUAGGGCAAACAGGACAUUAGUGGAAGGAAGCCAUCCUUUAUAAAAUGUUCAUUCUGAAAAGUGGCAUCUGAGCCUCCAGUUGGAAAUAGAAUUUGUAUGCUUGUAAAAUAUGUUGGCUAGUAUUAAGGUUUUUUUCUGGUGUAGUAGACCGAAGCUGUGCAAUUCUAGCAUCUUCUGUAAUAAGCAUCCAUGUUCUGUUCCUUUUGAUGCAUUAUCUUUCAAUACCAUGAUAGUUCCUGGUUGGUUUGUUUUUUAUUAGCACAAUUUUUAUACUGGCAUUUAAAAGUAGAUUCUUAUGCACUGUAAAAGCCUGUUUCAGCUAUCAUAUGUAGGUACAAAUGUAGGACAAGUUCAGCAAAUAUUUGUGCUCUUUGAAAAACUUGUUUAGCAAAUUUUACUAGGGUUAGUGGAAGAAGAUGAGAGUUACAGGGUGUGAGGAAGUGUAACAGGAUCGAACUUCCUUAAAAUGAUUGGUUUGAGGUGCCUAUGUGAGAAAAGUGUUUAUUAAACUGUCCAGUAUUUGAAUAAAAAUAGCUUGCCCUGGAAAAUGGAGCACAAGGUGAGCUAAUGCACUUGAGCCUUUGGCAGGCCAAACAAGAGCUUGGGGUUUGUAGGCCGCUAAUAAUACAGCGCUCAAUUCUUAAGAGUUUGUGGCAACCAGUAAACCCCAUUGAACUUAUUCCCUCCCCUGGGUUAAAUUUUAAUCUCUGUGUAUUUACAGACUAGAUGCUUGAUCAGUGACUGGUGUAGUGUGUUGACCUGCUAUUUUUUUAAAUGGCAGAAAAGGUCCUUUUGAUUAAUGCACUUCUGUGAAUUUUGAACUUAAUAGAACACUGGGAUACCUUGGAACGUUUAUUGGGUGGGUGAAUGUACACAGUGUAGUUGAGACCAGUUCUUCAGCUGGAAGCUCUUAAAUUUUAAUAGCAUGGAGACAAAAAGUAUUGUUUGAAAAGCUGCUGUUUGCUGAAAUUGUCAUAAUAUUUUGUAUGUGUGAUGUUGUGCCAACUAAUCAAGUUGCUCAGUUUACCAAAUUUUAGUCACUAAUUCAAUAGGAAGAUUUUAAAAAGUUACGAAGCCAUAAAUGGAAAUCAUACAGCUUUAUAUACCCAGACCUGCCCUGCAGAAACAGAAAAUGUCUAAUCUUAAACCAAUUAACAGUUUAAAACAUCAGCAUAACUGGCACAGCCCAAUUAAUGUUCAUAUGUGGUUAAUGUAUUUUUAAAGACUAUAAUAAAGUAAUGUCUGUUAAUCUUUGAUACCUUUACAUUUGUAGAAACAACGUAGGUUUAAAAUAGAAAAUCAUUAUGAAAUUACUUCAUGAACAGGUUCUGUCUGUUUUUUCUUUUACAAAGGAUAAUUGUUCUGUCUACCAUACCUUUUUGAGUAAUAACAGCUUUUUGCACUAUGUAAAUACUAGUGGGGGUUCUUCAAUAAUGAAUAAAAAUGAUUAUAAAAA